AUGUCGGGACUAGGUAGCCUAUUGCGCCUAUUAGGGUGCAAGAUGAAGGUCUGCAUCCUCGAAAUGGGCCUGGUUGGGCUCCUGACCCUUGCCUUCUACGUCAAGCUCGCUCUCGCUGGCGAGGUCAAGCUCCCAAUGGCGAUGACGCUGCUCUUCCUCGCAUCCUGCGACGUCGAGGUGUCCGUCGGGCCGCUCAUGGACUCCCUGGGCUACUUCCCGCGGCCAGAAGCGGCCCAGGGUCUGCCAGUGUGCCUCAUGGCGCCCAUCUGGGUCUCCUCCGCCUUGCUGCUGCAACGGUGGGCGCUGCUGCAGCAGCUGGGCCGCGGCGGCGACGACGCGAUCGAGUCGUCGGGCUCCGGGUGCGCGCUCGACUUGCGGUCCAUCCUCGCGCUGCAGCUGUGCUGCGGCGCCGCCUGCGUCAUCAUGCUCGCCAUGCGCGCACAGGCGCUCGGCCGCCGACGCAACGCCGAGACUGCGAGCAAGGAUCACCGCUGGGACGCUCAUGGGAUUUCCUCGUGGCAUUUCGCGAUCGUGCUCGCCUGCGCCGCGCUCGCGCUGUCGGCCUCGUACCGCACGGAGGUGCGCGCGCUCGCGACGUGGGGCGCGGUCGCCGCCACGGGCGUGGCCGGCGCGGCCGCUGCCGGCCUGACGCACGCACUGUGCCGGGCGUUCCCGCUGACGCUGACCAUCGGCGAGACCGCCAUGGCGGCCAGCAGCGCGGUGACGCUCGUGGCUGCGCCGUGGCUGCGCUCUGCGACGGACGCGUGCCGCGCGACCGGCGUAGGGGCGGAGCUGCCCGUGCUGCGUUCAGUCCUGCUGCCGUGCUGCGGCGCGCUGUCGCUGGGCGCGAUCACCGCGACGUUCCUCGGCGUCUGGGGCAGGUUCGUGCCCACCUCGCGCGAGCUGCCGCACGCGCAGCAGCCCGUGCCGGUCGACGGGCUCCUGAGUUCACUGCGUCCGGCACGCAGCAAGGCGCACCACGCCGCCGUCGAGCAUCCGCCGCCGGGUCUCCGCCUGGAGUGCUUUUUUGGGCGGCCCGGCAGGCGGCGCGGCGUCGCGCCCUUCGUCGUCGCGGCUGCGUGGAUCAAAUGGGUAGCGCUGGGGGCAGCGCUGGUGACUCCGGCGCUCCACGUUGCCCGCGCCGCGCUCUCCGGCGCCACGGAGAGCAAGAUCGUGGCCUGGUGGGCCCUACUGCUGGCCGUGAGCGUCCCGGCCCUGCGCUGGGCGGCGCAGGGCGGCGCCAGCAAAACAGCCGCGCGCUCGGUCGUGCUCAGGAAGGGCUUCCACGUGCUCGUGAUCUUCAUGUUUCUACCGGGGCUAAUCCUGCGGUCCGCAUUCCUGGCCACGUGCCUCGCGGGCGCGUUCGCCGCGAUGCUGGCGGUCGAGGCCGUGCGCGUGGGCGGCCCCGCGGCCGCGUCGGAGCCCCUGAGCGCGUUCCUCGCGCCAUUCCUUGACCGGCGCGACCGCGGUGCGUUGGUCGUGACGCACGCCACGCUGCUGCUCGGGUGCGCGCUGCCGGUCUGGGUGGCGCGCGUGGCGACGCGGGACCUCGCGGAGGAGUUCGCGCGCGCGCCGGGGUCCGCGCAGGGGUGGGGGGACUUGGUCAAGGGGCCGGCAUCCGACGGCAGGGGGGGGGUGUCGCCCGUGGGCCUGGUGUGGGGCCAGGGCGGCGCGGAGGCGGUCGGCCUCGUCGGGAUCCUCGCGCUCGGCGUGAUCGACACGUUCGCGGGCGCGGCGGGCGCGCGCUUCGGCCGCCACCGCGUCGGCAGAGACACCUCGAAGACAUGGGAGGGGUUCGCCGCCGGGCUGCUGGGGGGGUGUUGCGCGAUCUGGGCGCUCGCGCUGGCGCGUGGGUGGGCGUGGGGCGUCGCGGGGCGGGCGAUCGCGGCGGCGGCGGCGGCGGCGGCGUUCGAGGCUACGACGGCGUGUCUCGACAACUUGGUGGUGCCGGUGGUGGGCGUGGCGGUGAUGGGGCUGGUCUGA